GUUCCUGGUUUCAUAGUAGUCUACCUUCCCCUUUAAAUGGAUUCUGGACCAAUGCAAAAGUUGUGGUCAUAGGAUCAAAACAACGAACACGAUUUUUUGAGGAAGGUUCAGCUAGGAGCAAAUCCUUGUGAUUUCGCAGCGUUUGAGCCCAUCAGUAAACUUGGAAGCACUCUGUGGAGCUGCUCUGACUCGUCUGCCGGUGUUAAAGCAGGAUAAGCGGCUGUGGAAUGGCAUUGCUGACCUUGCACAGAACCCCAUCUGUUUCCACGACACCGGAUGAGCCUAUUCUAAGAAGAGGAAGACUUCAGAAAAGAGAAAGUUUCGCCCUGGUUAAGGGGGCAGUGCUCCUGGUGGGAGAGGGAGAGAGGGAGGGAUCACAGGAAGAAACCGUGCCCUCUCUGCUAGGUCCUAGGCAUGGAGGCCGAGCCUCUGACACUCAGCACAGACAUUUGCACGCAAUGAUUUCGUUACUACGACCAGAAGACACACUCAAACUGGCUGUGCGUUUGGAGUCUGUGAGCCCAGUCAGAGUGAGGUAUUUGCUUAUAAUCGGCACACUUAACAAAAAACUGGAGAGCCUACUACUUGGCAUGGACUUCCCAGGGUCAAACAGUGACGAGUGCACUAUUGGACUUGUCUUGCCAAUAUGGAGUGACACGCAGGUUUACCUUGACGGAGAUGGAGGUUUCAGUGUGACAUCUGCAGAAGUGACACGAAUCUUUAAGCCUGUGUCCAUUCAGACGAUGUGGUCAGUGUUGCAGGCGCUGCAUGGCUGCUGUGAACGGGCCGUGCGUGGGGCUGUCAUACCAGGCUGUGGGCUGGAGUGGGCACACCAUUACAGAGGGAACGUGGAAUCUGACCAGCACUGCCUUAAUGAAUGGGCGGUCAUGACUGGCCUGGAGUCAGUCAGGAGGGACAAGGGAACACGUUCAUCAUUGAAUCGGGAGUCAGUGGAGAAGGACAUCAAAGCCCAACUUCGAGAUAUCAUGAGGACUGAAGACUUAGAAAACAUUACCUCAAAGCAGGUGCGAACAGCCCUGGAGUCCAGAAUAGGCAUAGACAUGAAGGACUACAAAGAGUAUAUUGACAAUGAGAUGAUGGUCACAAUGGCACAGAUGGACAAACCUUCCAGAAUCUUGGACUACCUUUACUUGGGUUCCGAAUGGAAUGCUGCCAACUUUGAAGAACUACAGAAGAACAAUGUGGGCUACAUCCUCAAUGUUACCAAGGAGAUUGACAACUUUUUCCCAGAAUCCUUCACCUAUAUGAAUAUUAGAGUUUACGAUGUGGAAGCGACGGAUCUACUCUCGUACUGGAACAACACAUACAUGUUCAUCAGUGAAGCAAGGAAGAGUGGACAAGCCAUACUGGUGCAUUGUAAGAUGGGCGUCUCUCGCUCUGCCUCCACAGUAAUUGCUUACCUGAUGAAGCAGCAGGGCUGGACAUUAGACGAAGCCCUCAACCACGUGAGAGAAAGACGGUCUAUAGUGCAGCCCAAUGAAGGUUUCCUCAAACAGCUGCAUACGUACAGUGGCAUCCUCAAUGCCAGUAAACAGCGGCACAGUGCCCUCUGGAGGAGGAAGUCCAAGCCAGAAGUCCGCCAGCCAUCUGUCCACAACGAUGCAGCCACAGGGAGUGAACAGGAACAGAAAGAGGAAGACUCCGAGAGCCCAGAAGACGAAAGCAGUUACGAGGAGGAGGAACCCGAUGUCUUUGAUGAGCAUCUGGAUGAGAGUGUUCCUGACACGUCUGGGGCAGAAACAGCUCCAUCCAACCCACUUAUUACUGUACAAGAAAGUGAUAAGGUGUCAUCUAGUCCUAGCAGAAGUGGCAGGAUGGAUUUGUUCUCUCUCAUGCAGUCUAUUCAGCUUGACGAUGAGGACAGAGGCCUGGAUAAAGAGGUCACUGCCGGUCAGAGACUUUCUCCUGCGCAACGAAGGCGGAGUCAUGAAAGAAGAAGCUUGACUUAUCAGAGAGCGCAUGUGGAUGUUUCUCCUGAACCAAGCAGCAGACAGUCACCGAACACAAACCAGGAUGAAGCACUUUAACAAAGGGGCCGUUUUAGGAAAUAUGGAGAAAGAGGAAUGUUCAAAGUGAAAAGGUGAGGAAAAAGAACACUUCUUCAGAUUGUAUCAUUCCAAGUUCUUCGAGGAGUCACUGCAGAAUAAAAUUAGGGAAUUUAUUCAUAUAGUUGUUGUUUCGAGGCUCAUUUAGGUAAUUUCACUUGGAGGCCACAUAAAAGCACAUGGUUACAUAUCAACGGAUAUCGCACUAAUUUUCCCCUCACCUGUCCGUCUCGUCCAAAACUCAUGAACUGUGGUCAGUUUAGGUGGAUUGCUGAAAAAAGAAAAAAUCAGCCACCACUUGUCAAGUGAGUAUUGUUAAAGGAACUGUUUUCCUCAGAGCAUUAUCAUUCUAAAUGUCACAUUGUGCCUUUUGAAAUCUCUGUAUCCUUUGCACCUUCGUACUGAGCCAUAAAAUUCAAUAUAUUUUAAUAUGGUAUUAUAGUGCGAGUGGAGGAUUUCUCUAUGGCUGUUAUCUGUCUUGUCAUUAUACAGAAACAAUGAACCAUUAUUCCUCUUGAUAUCAUUGUUUCAUGUUGUUUUUAAUAAAUGAAUAAGAGUGUGAUUCACUCAUUUUAGGAAUCCUAUGCAAUAAAUCUACUUUAUAGCUGUUCCUUCUCCACGAAUGUGAAGCUUUAUGCUGGCUCUGUGGAGAUCAGUAGGUGAAAAAGUGUAGAGAGAGAAAGCACUCAAGGACUUCGAUUUUUCUCAUAUACUGCUAUUCAAAAUUUGGGGGUCAGUAAGAAAUCAGUGCUUUUUAUUCAGCGAGGAUGCAUUACAUUGAUUGAGAGUGACAUUUAAUUUUACAACAUAAGUGCUGUUUCUUAACUUUCUAUAAAAAUGCAUCAAGGGUACCGUAAUAAUGUUAGCACAGUUGUUUUUAACAUUUGGCGAUAAUAAGAAAUCAUUCUCAGCACCAACUCGGCAUAUUAAGAUUUCUAAAAGAUUAUUUGACACUAAAGACUGGAAUAAUGGCUGCUGAAAAUCCAGCUUUGCCAAUUCAGAAAUAAAUUAGUUUAAUAUAUAUUUAAUUAGAAACCGUUUAUUUUAAAUAGCAAUAUUAUUUUGCAACAUUACUGUUUUUACUGUAUUUUUUAAUCAUAUAAAUGUAGCCUUGGUAAGCAUAAGAGAUUUCAAAAACAACAUCUUGCUGACUCCAAACUUAUGAAUGGUAGUUUCUAGACCGUGAUGUAUCUACUCGUGCUAUAUCACAUGUUUUAAACACUUAUUAAGCAGAUUUUUUUUUAAAAAAAUUUUUUUUUAACCUGUACAUUAUGCAGGAAACGAAACCAGAGUAUUGUCCUUUCAAAUGUGCCAGUUAUUUAACCGUCUCUGUGGUUUCAAUCAUUCUGCAUGAUGGUUCAGUGCCUUUAGUUGAUAGAGGUGGACCAAAAUAACUACAUUUGUUGGUUUUAUAUCUACACAGUUAAAACCAGCUCCUACAUAAUACAUGUGCGUUUAGCCCUAGGUGUGGUUGAUUUGUGUCUUUGCAUGUCUCAAAUAUCAGACUGUAUGCAUGCUGUUUGUACUGUAUGUAAGCCUGAGUCCUGUAUGUAUAAAGUAUAUACAGUCUGCUGUAAAACAUGUUGUAUUGUGUAUACUGUCAUUGCACAAAGUGCCAAUGUUGUGAAACCAAAGUUAUGUUGUGGAAUGUUUCUAGUAUUGAGGCACCACUGGUUUUGCAGUUAUUUUCCAUGAGAAUGUCUUAAGUUAUGUGUAUUAGCGAUAGAUGAUGACCUGCAGCCUUCCAAGUGCUGAUUUUCUAAAACUAAUGUAUAAUGUGCCAUGCCUUAUCAACUUCAAGAUAAGUGAAAAGUUAUACAUUUUAUUCGGAUUUAAUUCUCAUUUCCAUUGUUUGUAUCAGGUGGUGUUAAAUAUAAAGUCAAGGUUGCUGUUGCUUUUUCUAUUUAUGACCGAUCUGAACAUGUAUCUUUUUAAUUUGUUAUACAAAGUUGUCUGUGCUAUUAAAAAAAAUAAAAUGAUUUUAUAAUGGGGGGGUUGAGAAAUAUCUAAUG